AUGGAGGUAGGCGUACGGAUAGUUGGUAUCAUUCUACGGGUACUGAACUUCCUUCUCGCGCCACUGUUCUGGCUGUGUGCACGGAAUCGAAUGCGGAUCCCGCCGGUGACGGACUCAUUGCUAUUGAGAAGUGCUACAGACAUCGCAGAAGCUAUAAGAAAGGGUGAACUGACAAGCAAAGAAGUAGUAAUCAAAUAUAUAACAAGAUUGCAAGAAGUGAAUCCCUUACUCAACGCCGUUGUCGAUGAGCGCUACCGAGAUGCUCUGAACGACGCGAGUGAAGUCGAUCGAAUGAUCUCGGAGGCGAGGAUGAAAGGAGGCCUAGAGAAAUUGUUCGCUGACAAACCAUUUUUAGGUGUACCGUGUACAAUAAAGGAGAGCUGUUCGUUAGCUGGUCUAUCGAACUCAGUGGGUUGUCUAGAACACGCUGGACGAAGAGCACCGGAAGACGGAGCAGCCGUUCGCUUAGUGAAGAAAGCGGGAGCCAUCCCCCUACUGGUGUCCAACACUCCUGAACUUUGUCUGGGUUGGGAAACCACUAACCUCUUAAGAGGAACUACAAACAAUCCGUAUUGCUUGAACAGGACUGCUGGGGGAUCUUCAGGUGGAGAGGCAGCGUUACUAGCGAGUGGAGCUUCACCAUUUUCAGUAGCAUCUGACAUCGCGGGUUCUAUUCGAAUACCCGCUGCCUUCUGCGGAGUUUACGGGCAUAAGCCUACGCCAGGUAUAAUACCAAUCGAAGGUCACAUUCCAACACUGACAGAUGAGAACUACCCCAAGUUCCUCACCGUGGGUCCGAUGACCCGCUUCGCGAGUGACCUCGCUCCAUUACUGAAGGUCAUGGCGGGUGAUAAAGCAAGUCUUCUGGAGUUGGAUAAGCCAGUGAAAAUUGAUCAGCUAAAGGUGUACUACAUGUGCGAGGCGACGUCCUCAGUAGCCCUGCUGCCGGUGGCGGACUGCAUACAGUCGGCGGUCGCUCAGGCCGCGCACCUGCUGCGGGACCGGGGCGCCGCGCUGCAGGCGGAAAAAUUCACAGAGUUAGAAGAUUCAGUAGAAAUGUCAAUAUCGGUUUUCUUCGCAAUGAAGGACAUACCCAAUAUGCUCCAAGAUCCUGCGAAUCCUAAACAAGACAAGAGCCUGUUCUUGGAGCUACUUAAAGUAUUGUUCGGAGGAGGAACUCGAUCGAUGCAGGCAUUAGGCUUCGCUUUGCUAAAAAACAGUCAACUGUACAUCCCACAAGCCGCAUUACCGAAAUACCGACAAAAGGCCGCUCGACUGCGACAGAUGAUGACGGAGAAGCUGGGCGACACCGGCGUGCUGCUGUACCCGGUGCACAGCUCGCAGGCGCACCUGCACCGGCAGGUGUUCCUGCGGGCCUCGGGCGUGCUGUACAGCAUGCUGCUCAACGUGCUGGGCCUGCCCGCCGCCGCCGUGCCGCUGGGCACCUGCCGCGGCCUGCCCGUCGCCGUGCAGGUGAUAGCGGGACCAAACCAGGACAGAUUAUGUUUAGCAGUUGCGAAAGAACUCGAAAAAGGCUUUGGAGGCUGGCGACCCGCGCCAUAAAUUUAAAUAAAAAAUUACACAUAAAUGUCGAAAGUCAAUAAACCACAUGUAUGACGUGGUGUCUAUUAUACAAAAAGUAUGGUAGAUCGAUUUUGGAUUGCGUAUUCUAUAAACUUAAAGACUACUUAAAGUAAAGAAACCUUUUUAAACGUCGAAUCGAAGUCCCAGCGCGUUUCUUCCUAAUUUUAUAUGAUAUGUACAUAGUGAAAAAUAUAGCUGAAGUCAAAAUUAAAAAAAAAGUUAUAUUCGACUGUA